AUGCGCGGCGUCAUCCUCCUGGGCGCGGCGCUCGUCUGCCGCGGCGUCGAGAAUGCGCUGCACGACUCGCGCGCGGCCCUCGGCGACGCGGUGCCGUGCUGCGGCUACUGCGACCCGGGUCUGCCCUGCCCGCCGAGCAUGCGGCGCGGCGCGUCGCCGACGACGCUGUCCUGGGACGCGUUCGCGAAAUCCGGCGCGGCGACGAUCCCCUGCGGCACGCGCGUCGUCGUCGACGGCGGCGACGUCGCGGCGCCCGCCGGCCUGCGGGUCGAGGGCGAGCUCGCCUUCGCCGAUAGGGACGCGACGCUGACCGCGCCGUUCGUCUACGUCUGCGGGACCUUCAGCGCCGGCACGCUGGAGGCGCCGCGCGCCGCAAAAUUGGACGUCGUGCUGACCGAGGGCGCGACCCUCGACGCCGACGGCAUCGACUACGGGUCGUCGGCGUUCGCGGUCUUCGGCGGACUCGUCUUCCUCCGCGGCGCGGCGUGCGGCGACGCGCGCGCGUUCGCGGACCGGGCCGCCGUGCUGAACGGCGACGUCCCGCGGACGACCUGGGCCCGGCUCGCGUCGUCCGCGCCGGCGGGCGCGUCCGCCGUCGCGCUCGACGGCGCGGCCGGCGCGCCGCCGUUUGCCAAGGGCUCCCGCGUCGUCGUCGCGUCCACGGACUGGGACGACGCGCAGAACGAGGUCCGGACCGUCGCGAACACCGACGGCGCGACGCUGGCGCUCGACGCGCCCCUCGCCUUCCCGCACGGCGGCGAGCGGCCCUUCGCCGCGGAGGUCGCGAGCUUGUCGAGGAACAUCCGCGUGCGCGGCUACGCCGGCUGCGAAGCUCGAAAGCCCAAGCCGCGCUGCGGCCACUUCGUCGUCAGCCACACGCCCCACGGCGUCGUCUGCGGCGUCGAGUUCACGAACUUGGGCGCGCACACGACGCUCGGCAAGUAUCCCCUGCACGCGCACAUGUGCGGCAACGCGUCGACACUCGCGUUCGUCGCCAACGCCGUCCACGGCACGCACCUGUGCCGAAUUCAAAUCUUCAACUCGACUUCAAUCCGAAUCGACUUCGAUGUGACCGAGCUAGAGAAUUCUCAAGUUUGGUCAGGACCACCCAAACCAGUGGUUGAAUUCGGCACAGGCACGCACCACCGGUCCCUCGUCGUCCACGGCACGAGCGACGCGCUCUUCGCCUUCAACGUCGCCCACGACGCGCAGGGCCACGUCUACGUCUUCGAGAACGGGCUGGAGCUGAGGAACGCGGUCGUCGAGAACUUCGGCGCGGGCGCGCGGCCGCCGGACCCGCCCUGGGCCUGCCCCGGGGCCCGGUGCGCGGGCGCCGGCGGCUGCAGCUUCGGCGUGGGGGCCACCAUCGAGGCCUGCGGGAGCCGCGACGACGGCCACGCGGAGAUCUUCUGGUUCGCGAACCCGGAGAACGACGUUUUGCGCAACGCGGCCGUCGGCGGCCACCGGUCCGCGUUCUCCGUCUACCCCGUCUUCGCCGGCCCGCUCGUGCGGCGGCCCGACGAGCAGCGCCGCGCGGGCCUCGACGAGCGUCUGGUGGGGUGGCUCGACGCGCUCGGCGACCACGGCACGUCCUACAAGAACGGGCCCUACAAGGCCGCGCGCCGCGCGUUCCUCGGGGACACGCCGCCGCACGUGAGGGCGCAACGGGGCAACCUCUUCUACCAGAACACGUCCGCGCUGCACCUCGAGUUCGCGCGGCCGGGGACCUUCGCGGGCAACGUCGCGCACUCGACGCGCAUCGCGUUCCACGUCUACCCGCAGUGGAGCCCCGCGUCUCUGAGAAACGACGCGGCGGCGGCGACCUGGACGGAUCUCGUGGCCUACAAGGUCUCGGGCGUGGCCGUGCGCGCGAAGACGCGGUGCGCGGGCCCCGAGUGCUUCGUGGUGGACCGGCUCACCGCGGGCUUCGUGUCCAUGGUCGCGCGCGCGCGCGACGUCGAGAGCCGUUUUUCGGUGGCGAACCUCGCCUACGUCGACGCGGACGGCGGCGCCGUCGCCGCGGGCGCCUGCGGCGCGCCGGCCCUCGAGAAAGCCGCGCGGGACCCCGCCGAGUACUGCGGGAGGUCCGUGCAUCGGGUGCGGUACGCGACGCCGCAGGGUUUCAAGUACGCGGACUGCGAGACGUGCCGCGGCGGCGCCGCGGCGUCCAUCUCGCCCGCCGAGGCGGGCGCCGACCACCGGAGCCACCCGGCGCGCGCGUUUCACUACCAGCGGCGCCACUGCGACGCGCCCUACUGGGCCUUCAACUUCGACCGCGCGUCCAUCGACGCCGGCAUCGCCGAAAAGUGCGCGCUCCGCGGCGCGUCCUACGACGCGGCGCAGGAUCUGAAGUCCUGCUACGCGGACCGCGGGCCGCUGACCUUCCGCAACAAGAAGAGCGGGACGCGCCUCGUCGGGCCGACGAGCCUCAACGCGACGAUCCUCGUCGACGCGGCCUCCGCGGCCGCCGUCGACGCGUACCGCGCGAGGCACGCGGGCGGCGCCUGCGCGCACGACCGCCUCUCGCCCGGCCUGUUCACGCGCGCGGACCCGCUCGCGGACUGGGCGCGGCGCUUCGCCGCAUCGGCCUGA